UAGCAUUCUUUUCAUUUCGGCCAUUUAUGCCGAUAGUUUGAUAAUUUGUUUAGGUCACGUAUCUAUUCGUGGCCUAUUAAUCACUUAAUCAAAAACCAAACAAGAUGGUGCAGAAGAAGCCCAAGAAGAAGGUAGGGAAGAAAAUAGCCGCGGCUCCCUUGGUGGUUAAAAAAGUUGAACCUAAAAAGGUUGUAAAUCCACUUUUUGAGAAGAGGACCAAGAACUUUGCUAUUGGUCAGGACAUCCAGCCAACUCGCGACUUGUCUCGUUUUGUGCGAUGGCCCAAAUACAUCCGCAUCCAGCGACAGAAGGCAGUGCUGCAGCGCCGUCUGAAGGUGCCCCCACCAAUCAACCAGUUCACCCAGACACUUGACAAGACAACAGCUAAAGGCCUGUUCAAGAUUCUGGAGAAAUACACUCCGGAGACUGAAGCUGUCAGGAAAGAGCGUCUGAGGAAGGCUGCUGAAGCUAAGGUUGCAAAGAAGGAUGAACCACCAGCGAAAAGGCCCAACACCCUCCGUGCUGGUACCAACACAGUGACCAAGCUGGUUGAGAAGAAGAAAGCCCAGCUUGUAGUCAUUGCACAUGAUGUUGACCCUAUUGAGUUGGUAUUGUUCCUGCCAGCCCUCUGCCGUAAGAUGGGAGUCCCAUAUUGCAUUGUCAAAGGCAAAUCGCGUCUUGGAGCUCUGGUACACCGCAAGACCUGCACCUGUUUAGCACUCUCACAUGUCGAGUCUGGCGACCGGGCGGCCUUCUCGAAGGUGGUGGAAGCUAUCAAGACGAACUUCAACGAGCGGUACGAAGAGCUCCGCAAACACUGGGGCGGUGGCGUGCUAGGCAACAAGUCCAACGCUCGCAUCGCUAAACUUGAGAAGGCGAAGGCGCGCGAGUUAGCGCAGAAACAGGGUUGAACCCAAUAAAAUUAGACCUUUA